AUGAGGGAGUACGUCGCCAAGUCCGGGCGGGAGUACGUGACGAUGGAGGUGAGCAUCGGCGGCGAGGUGGAGGGGAAGCUGCUCAUCGAGCUGUUCACGGACCACGCCCCCAAGACGUGCGCUAAUUUCAAGGAGCUGGUCAAGGGCGGGCACGACGAGAUCCCCGACGGCGAGGGGUACAAGGGCUGCCUCAUCCACCAGGUGCACGUGGGCGGUUGGUUCCAGACGGGCGACGUCGUCAACAAAGACGGCACCGGGCCGCAGUGCUGCAUCUACGGCGAAUCGUUCGGAGACGAGUGCUUCAGGGUGAAGCACGACAGGCCGGGCAUAUUGGCGAUGGCGUGCGCUAAACGGAACAAGAACGGGUGCCAGUUUUACGUCACCCAGUGCGUGUUGGAUUCGCUCGACGGGAAACGGGUGGGGUUCGGGCGCGUCAUCGACGGCAUGAGGCUGAUGAAGAUGAUAGACCGCGUGGAGACGGACGCGUACCAGCGACCGAGACAGCCGAUCAAGAUCGAAUCGUGCGCGAUGUGGACGCCCACGCCGGAGGAGGAGGAAGCGAAGGAGAACGACGAGCCGUAG